AUGGAAAAUCCAAUUGACACCAUGUCCCCUCGUGUUAAUAAACGUGACGGGAAUUCAUUGUAUCUUCUCGUCAUGAUAUGCUUAGUCGUAACAGCUAACUCGGCAACUCAGGGUUAUGACUCCUCAAUGAUGAAUGGCCUGCAAAUAUUACCGUCGUAUACGGAAUACUUUAAGCUGACGACAACAACACUUGCACUGAAUGUGGCCAUUGUUUUCGCGGGUUCGGUGAUAGCUAUGCCUAUCGCUGGCCCCAUCAUCGAUGUUUGGGGACGAAGGUGGGGAAUAGCUAUCACAGCAAUCCUGGCCAUGACAGGUGCUGCAAUUCAAGGGGCUGCAGUCCACGAGGCCAUGUUUUGCUGUGGUAGGCUACUCGUCGGGAUGUCUGUGACUACCGGUGCCACUGCUGCACCAACAUACAUCUCAGAGAUAGCACCUCCGGAAUAUCGUGUCAUGCUGACUGGAUUAUAUGGCUGCACUUGGUAUGUAGGCAGUCUUUUGGCUGCAGGCAUUACAUAUGGAAGUCAGUUCAUUGAAACCACAUGGUCAUGGCGUCUUCCGUCUUUGCUGCAAUUUAUUCCUUCCAUACUUUGUCUUCUUCCACUUCCCUUUAUCCCAGAGAGUCCUCGAUGGCUUAUUUACAAAGAUCGUCACGAAGAAGCGAAGGCCAUUCUCAUCAAGUAUCAUGGGAACGGAGAUCCAGAGUCUUCGCUUGUCAAUCUUGAGUAUGCGGAGAUUUGUCAGACCUUGGAACAUGAGAAAGCCAUGCAAAAGACGAACUUUAAAGCUCUCGUCCGAACUCGCUCCAAUCGAUGGAGAACUGGGGUUGUUGCGGCAACUGGCUUUUUCUGCCAAGUGAGCGGCAAUAACAUCAUCUCUUACUAUCUGAGUAGCGUCCUGGAUGCUGCCGGUAUUAGCGAUACGAAAACACAGCUUGGAAUAAACAUGGGAUUAAAUGUCUUCAAUCUAUUCACGUCCGCUGCGGGUGCUUGGGCUGCUGAUAGAAUUGGACGCCGGAGAGGAUUUCUGGGCUCCACCGUUGUCAUGUCUCUACUACUCAUAGUCGUCGCUGUCAUCACCAAAGUAUCAGGAGACACCCCAACAGUUGCCUCCUCGGCAGUUGAAGUGACUAUGAUCUUCCUCUUUUUCGGCUUUUAUUCUCUCGUAUGGACACCGCUGGCGACGUUGUACCCUGUCGAGGUGUUGUCAUACUCGAUGCGUGCAAAUGGCAUUUCAUUCUUUAGCGCUGUCUGCUACGCCACUGCCUUCUUCAAUACCUUUGCAAUUCCAUAUGCCAUGGAUUGGUCUUCUUGGGGGUUCUACCUCAUCACUGCAUUCUGGAACUUAUUGGUAGAGGUUCCUAUUAUGUAUCACUACUUCCCAGCAACCGAGGGCAAGACACUUGAGGAGAUCGAUGUCAUAUUCGAGGGAAUCGAACAUGGGGCGAGUGAUCUAACGCUUCGUGACCUUCAAGGCUUAAAGGAAAGUGUUAGAGUUGAGGAACAAGAAAUUUAG